AUGAGGGAUGGCAGGUACGAGGUUCAGCUUCCGUGGAAACGGACAGAUUCACUGUUGAACGACAACUUCGAGAUAGCUAAAACUAGGCUGAAGAAACUUGUGUUCCGACUGAACAGGGACAGACAUUUGAUCGAAGAGUACGACAAAGUUAUACGUGGAUAUCUUCUCAGUGGAUACGCAGAAGAAAUUCCCGUAUCCAACCAAGAACAGAACACUCGGGUUUUCUACAUGCCACACAGAGAAGUUGUCCGCGAAGCAUCUACAACAACCAAGUUGCGUGUAGUGUUCGACGCGUCGUCGCAUGGUCCUGGAAGUACAUCUUUAAAUGACCACCUGGAAACUGGACCAAAGCUUCAAGCGGACAUGCAGGAUAUUCUAAUCAGGUUUAGGAUGCAUCAGAUCGCUAUGAUAGCGGAUAUCGAGAAAGCUUUCCUCCAGAUCAUGGUCCACGAGAGAGAUCGUGAUGCGCUACGAUAUCUUUGGUACCGCGACGUGCCCUUUCGUGAGAUGACGUCUAACGAGCUCUGCGUUCUCAGGAUGAGUCGGGUUCCCUUCGGAACGACCGCGAGUCCUUUCCUCCUGGCUGCAACGCUGCAUCACCACUUUCGUCACAUCACUGACGAUCUAAGGGACACCGCAAGCGACUUGUUAUCCUCAUUUUACGUGGACGACUUGGUAACAGGAGCUGAUAACGUUGAACAAGCCACGAGGAUGCAUCGUCAGGCUUUGGCAGUCAUUGAACAGGCUGGAAUGCGCCUCAGAAAAUGGGCAUCGAAUGAACCUCAGUUAAAGUCUGUGUUCAAAAAGUGUGAGACUGACGAGUCGAUACAUCAAAAGGUACUUGGAGUUCCCUGGAAUACUGAAACUGACAGCUUGAUGCCUAAUUUAGAAGCCGUGAAAACGUUUGUGGCAACUUCACCAGUAACCAAAAGGAACAUACUCCAAGGCACCGCAAGACUGUUUGACCCUUUGGGAUUCCUCAAUCCAUUUACGUUCAGGGCCCGAUCCAUGUUUCAAGACCUAUGGAAGAAAAAGGUUGGAUGGGACGAAGAUAUCCCAUGUGAUGCUCAGCAGAAGUGGAUCGAAUGGUGUAAUGAACUAUCUACAUUAUCAGCACUAGAGAUUCCCCGUUGCGUCGUUCCAGCGAAUGCAUCUGCGUUUCAAAUGCAUAUAUUUUGUGAUGCCAGUCCUCUUGGUUACGGGGCAGUGGCUUACCUGAGAACCGCAAACACAAAGGGCGAGAUUUCAACGCAUUUAAUACUCUCAAAAACUCGUCUAGCACCUAUCAAGCAGCUCUCUCUUCCAAGACUAGAGCUUAUGGGAAUGCUUAUCGGAGCGAGAAUGCUCACUUACCUGCAAAGGACACUGUAUAAAUUCCAGUUCGACUAUUUUAUGUGGACCGACUCCAUGAUCGCAUUGUGGUGGAUACGACGCCGGCCAACCGAAUGGAAAGUGCUCGUCAGCAAUCGAGUAAAAGAAAUCCAACGUCUCACUGAAAUAUCGCAUUGGGCACACUGCCCUGGGACCGAAAACCCAGCCGACCACUUGACAAGAGGCAUUACUGCGCUAAAACUGAUUAGCAGUCAAAGCUGGUGGCAUGGGCCUAAGUGGCUAGCCGGAGACUGCGGGUGCUGGCCGAACGAUUUCGUCGAACUGGAUCCACGAACGGAUGAGGAACGCCUACAAUGUCAGGCGUUACUGCAAGUGGCGUUGCAACAAUGGUCGCCACUUCUUGAUUUGGAUGCGUUCGGCAAGUAUUCACGUGUUUUGCGAACGACUGCCUGGAUUCUUCGAUUCAUUACAAAUUGCCGGCAUCAUGAAGAACGGCUCACGGGUCCCUUGUCUGCAGACGAACUACUUCAUGCGGAAACGUACUGGGUACGUACAUCGCAGGCCGCAACGUAUCCAGAUGAGGUUUAUGCACUGACGGAGAAGCUGGAAUUUCCCAAGAACUCGAAGAUCGCAAAUUUGCAGCCAUUUCUGGAUGCAACUGGUGUUCUCCGGCUUAAGGGUCGGCUUCACUAUGCGGAUGAAGUAGAACAAGUCAAACAUCCCAUCAUCAUUUCGAAGGAGCACCGCCUGGCACACCUUAUAGCGUCUGCUUCACACCACCGCACACUACACGGAGGACUCCAGGACACCAUGAACGACCUUAGGGAGAAAUGGUGGAUUCCCCAUGCUAGACAAUUUGUGAAGACUGUGAUCUUCCGCUGCACAACGUGCAAACGCUUCCGACUUCAGCCAGCGAGAGCACCUACUGCUCCGUUACCUGCAGAGCGAGUAACCCCCAUUCUUCCGUUUGAAGUGGCAGGAGUAGAUUUUGUCGGCCCAGUUUUUGUAAAAACCGAUGACGGAUCAAAGAGAUCUUAUAUCUCAUUGUUUACUUGUGCCGUUACCAGAGCGGUACAUUUCGAACUAAUCAGCAACCUCGGAGCCAACGCAUUUCUUCUUGCAUUCAGGAGAUUUGUGUCCCGUCGUGGAAUACCCUCGGUGAUGUACUCAGAUAACGCCUUAACAUUUAAGAGGGCCGCGAAAGAUAUCCAGAAGUUAGGGAGUCUAAUACGGCAAGACGACGUGCAGAAUUAUAUGGCCACAACUAUGAUCAGCUGGAGGUUCAUGCCGGAAAGAGCACCGUGGUGGGGCGGGUUUUGGGAGAGACUCGUUCGGACCCUUAAACAUGCUCUACGAAGAGUCAUCGGAAAGCAGUCGUUGACGAUCGAAGAAAUGGAAACGGUGCUAGCCGAAGCCGAAGCAGCAGUAAACUCACGGCCCAUCACGUACAUGCAUUCCUCACCCAACGAGCGUACUGCUCUGACGCCAGCGCACCUCCUAGUUGGAAAACGCUUGAUUGCCUUGCCAUCUUCGAAACAACCAGACCUAACCAGAUCAACUACAGAAGCGCUUUCGCGAAGGUGGGUGCACCAGCAAAGAUAG